AUGUCUCCGACGACACCACAAACCAACCGUAACCAAACCUCACAGACGACGACCCUACUCAUCCUCUGCUUCAUCAUUAUCUGCCUCUUUCCAAACCUAUUUCACUUUCUCUGGAACCUGCCUCUUACAGCCCUAGGCUACGCAUUCUCAACAAGUAGCAGCAGCAGCAGCAGCUCAAAACCCCCACGUCAUACCCCACCAACUACAACAACCAUGACGGGCUCCUGGUUCCAAAAGCAGUUCUCCCUACCCGCCCGCUCGCGCGGCUCCUACCUCAUCACGGACGAGAUCGUCGGCGCCCUCCCGGAGCUCAAGAACUACAAGGUCGGCAUCCUCCACCUGUUUGUCCAGCACACGAGCUGCGCCCUCAGCCUCAACGAGAACUGGGACGACGACGUCCGCGCCGACAUGAGCGACGCGCUGGACCGCAUCGCGCCCGAGGCGGGGCCCAAGGGCCAGGAGCUGUACCGUCACAGCGCCGAGGGUCCCGAUGACAUGCCGGCUCACAUCAAGAGCGCUCUCGUUGGCGCGAGUGUUACCAUCCCGAUCAAGGAUGGCAAGUUGGCUACCGGAACCUGGCAAGGAAUCUGGUACCUGGAGUUCAGGGCCAGCAAGCACCAGCGCCGCCUGGUGGCCACCAUCCAGGGAGAGCCCAAGGCGUGA